AGACUGGACUCUCACCAUCACCUUUAGUGCAGCACCGUUUGAAACGGCAAGACCGGGUGUCUAUCUGCAAACAUAAUGGCCUUUUCUUGGAGCUGGAUCUUCAUUCUAUCCACUUUGUUGCUUCAAUCAGGAUAUGCCUAUGGCCAGCAGAAUGGCAGACUCACUAAUGACAAGGGCGUUGCUCCGGCUCCAACUUCAGUUUCAGAAACAGAGGAGCCAAGUGAGCGCAGAAACGUAGCGGUCAUCGUCGUCCCCGUUAUCAUCGCUUUCCUUCUGCUUAUUUCGCUCUUUGGCUUGUUCUUGUUCCUUUAUUUGCGCAGCAAGAGGGAGCAAGCUGUUGACGUGGAAGAUGGUUUGGUGGAUAAACCCCAAUGGUGGAUGGUGGAUAGCAAGGCGGAAAAGAAGAUUGACUGGUGGCGUUUGAGUCAUAACUUCGAUGCACCUCCCCCAGCAGCAUCGGAUACGCCUACAGGUGGUCGUUCGCACCUCGAGAGGCUCAAGUCGGCCUUGUCCCGCAAGGGCGCUCAGCGGCGACAUCAAGGGGUGAUUCCAUCCGUGGUUGUUCACAAAGCCGUUACCAGCCCAACUGAGACCAUCGAUCUGCCUCUCCAAUCUGUUCCCAAUCCCAAACCUCGCUAUCCUAGCGUACUCGAGAGGGGACACCACGUACCGCUCUAUCCAGUUCAGUCCCCACCAAGGGUUUCACCUCCCCCCUCCCGAACUCUUCAAUCAUCAGAGCGCGACAGAGCAAGUCGGCGAAACCUUAACAGUCCACCUCGAGCAUUGGUUAUUCCUUCUGGCCGCCCUUUGCUUGGGUAUCCCGAUCGGAAAGUGGGAACACCGAGAUCUCCAGCAAACCGUAAAAGAGAUUGGCUUGCCAGGCACAAUCUACGACACCCCUUCCUACCCUUGAAGGACACGGAUGCUGUUCCUUUCCCCAAGAUUUCUGCCCCUCUCCCAGCCAGUCCAGGAGACUUGACGCAUCCCAAGCUCAGUUAUUCCUACAGCAUCGGGAAACCACGUGCGGUUCCUCCCCGUCCUGAUGGUCCGCGCCAUGAGCGGUAUAAAAAGAUCCCACCGCCCAUUGUUCCCCCAAGAUUAUUGCUUCCAGACCUGGAAUUGGGCGAGCAAUUUGGUAAGUAUACCCCUGGAAAGCAGAACGUGUUCCCCCCUGGCCUGUCGCCUUCAUAUCCAAGACCAAGCCCACGUCCCAUCUAGUAGUGUCGUACAUCUUCUGUUAUUGGAAUAUAUUGUUGUUGCAACCA